AUGGCAAACGUAUGUGUAUUAUUCGGAUUCGCAAAUGCACUAGUGUCCCAAGGAGGUGAUUCUGGUGGCUCAACUCCAGUUUUAUAUAUCUCUCGUGAAGAGGGUGUUGGGAAAAUCGAUAAUAGAGCGGAUCGUAUGGGAAUGAGAAUCAGAACGGAAGAUUUGCUAUUGUACUCGAGUACGUAUAUUGAGGAUAUACUGGACAAAUCUCGAUUGCUUUCUCCUCGGGGACUUAUUGUUGAUUCUAUUAAAACAAUGUAUUUAAAGGGAGUGCCUGGAAGUACAUGGCGUAUCAUGCAUGUAAAUGAAUUCAUGUCUACUCUAUUGAGAUACACAAAAAGCAUUGAUGUACCUGUAUUUCUGAUAGGCAAUGUGACCAAAACUGCUGGACUUGUUAUUGAUGUAAUUGUUAAUGAAUCUCGAACUUUACUGGUUGAGAUUCAGGAGUUAUGCACUCCUGGAAUGCCAGUUUCAUGGAAUGUUAUCCUGCAGAGAGGAUUUAACAUGAUCACUCGUGUUCUGAUGAAGCAAGCAUGUAUGAAUCUUCAAGACAAUGUCACUUUUUUGUAA